ACAGUCUCACACUGAGCUCCACUCAGCGGACAUUUAAGCACCAUCUCACCGAGACCCCACCUUCACCGGCUGCAUCUCCGCUGCUAUGUGCAAAGGACUAGCAUCUCUGCCUACCUGCUGCUUGGAAAGGGCCAAGGAGCUGAAAGCAAGGCUGGGAAGCAUUUUGCUGAAGCCCAACUGGAAUCUUUCUUGCUGCAAGUUAGGAAAAAAUAAGCCAACCAUGGAGGAAUGCCUUAGGUGGAAAGAGUCGUUUGAAAAGCUCCUGUCCAGCAAAUAUGGACUGUGCGCCUUCACAGCCUUCCUGGUGUCUGAGUUCAGCGAGGAAAACAUUGCAUUCUACUUCGCCUGUGAGGAUUACAGAAGCACCAAGUGUCACGACAAACUGCCUGCUAAAGCUCAGAAGAUCUACAAUGAGUUCAUCGGCAGCGAUGCUCCCCGGGAGGUCAACAUUGAUCACGAGACCCGGGACAUCACCAAAGCCAACAUGCUGAGCCCCUCGCCCUCUUGCUUCGACCAAGCGCAGCAUAAAAUCUACAUGCUGAUGGCCAAAGACUGCUACCCACGCUUCCUCCGCUCCUCCAACUACAGGGACCUCGUGUGCCAAGCCAAGCCCAGCGCCAAGACCACCAGCCAGCCCCAACAGGACAAGAAGGCGUGAGGUGU